ACUCAUGCUGGACAGAAUAAAAUGUAACCUAAAGAAGAAAUUUGAGUGUAUAUUUGAAGAGAAAGCUAAGGAAGGACAGCCAACACUUCUCAAAGAGAUUUACACAGAACUCUACAUAACCAAAGGCGGAACUGGAGGAGUCAAUGAUGAACAUGAAGUGAGACAGAUUGAAACAUCAUCCAAGAAAAGGCGAACAGAAGAUACUACAGUCAAGUGCAAUGAUAUAUUUAAACCAUUAUGUGGACGUGAGACACCUAUCAGAACUGUACUCACUAAAGGGGUUGCAGGUAUCGGGAAAACAGUCUCUGUGCAUAAAUUUAUACUAGACUGGGCAGAAGGAAAAGCAAACCAGGACAUUCACAUCAUAUUUGCUCUUCCUUUCCGAAACCUGAAUUUGGUUAAGGGUGAAUUCAGUCUGAUUGAACUGCUUCACCACUUUGAUCCAGAACUAAAGUCAUUUCAAUCUAUUGAGCUGUUUAGGUACAAAGUCUUGUUCAUCUUAGAUGGUCUAGAUGAGUGUCGCCUUCCUCUAGAUUUUCAGAACAAUGAGAGCUGUUGUGAUGUUAAAAAGAAAACAUCACUGGAUGUGCUGUUGACUCACCUCAUUAAUGGGAACUUGCUUCCAUCUGCUCUCCUCUGGAUAACCUCCCGGCCAGCAGCAACCAAUCAGAUACCUCCUGAGUGCAUUGACCAGAUGACAGAGAUACGAGGGUUCAGUGAUGCCCAGAAGGAGGAAUAUUUCAGGAAGAGAUUUAAUGAUGAGAGCCUGGCUGAAAGGAUUAUCAGACAUGUGAAAUCAUCAAGGAGCCUCUUCAUCAUGUGCCACAUUCCUGUGUUUUGUAGGAUUUCAGCCGCUGUCCUUGAGAGUCUUUUUAGUGAAACUGACAGUAGAGAAAUUCCAAGGAAUCUGACUGAUAUGUACACACACUUCCUGAUCUAUCAGACAAAAUUAACAAAAAACAACUAUAGGCUCAAGACCUCCAUGACCCAGAACAGGACAAGCUGGUACAAGAAACCGAAGGAUGGAUGGAAGAAAAUCAAUGAAACCAAGCAUAUGAAAUGCUUUCUUCUAAAACUUGGUAAACUGGCUUUUCGUAACCUUAAGAAAGACUAUCUCAUAUUUUAUGAGAAUGAUCUGGAACAGAGUGACCUUGACAUCACAAAAACUUCAGUUUACUCUGGAGUGUGCACAGAAGUCUUUAAAAAGGAAUAUGGGUUGUAUCAGACAAAGGUGUACUGCUUUGUGCAUCUGAGCAUCCAGGAGUAUCUCGCUGCUUUAUAUGUGUUUCUAUCAAAGUCAUCAGCUAACCUACUGAAGACUGCAGUGGAUCAGGCAUUAGAGAGCAAGAAUGGACACUUGGACCUCUACCUCCGCUUCCUCCUGGGUCUUUCAACAGACUCCAGUAAGACUCUGUUAGAAAGGCUACUGGGACAGAGAAGAUACAGCUCACGUAACAUUGGGAAAACAGCCAAAUACAUCAAGGGGAAAAUAAAGGAGAAUUUAUCUCCAGAAAGGACCAUCAACCUGUUCCACUGUCUGAAUGAACUGGGUGACAAUUCUCUAGUAGAGGAGGUACAAGGAUAUCUGAAUUUAGGAAGUCUUUCAGCAGAAGACCUCUCACCUGCACAGUAUUCAGCUCUGGCCUUUUUGUUGCUGAUGUCAAAUGAGGAGCUGGAUGUGUUUGAUCUGAAGAAAUUCUUCAGAUCCGAUAAUGAGCACUGGAGACUGCUGCCUGUGGUCAAGACAUCUACGACAGCUCUGCUGAACAGCUGUAAUCUGACAGAGACAUGCUGUGACACGUUGGCUUUAACUCUCAGAUCAAACUCCUCACCCCUGAGAGAGCUGGACCUGAGUAACAAUGACCUGCAGGAUUCAGGAGUGAAGCUGCUCUCUGCUGGACUGAGGGAUUCACACUGUAAGCUGGAGAUACUGAGGCUGAACAGCUGUAAUCUCACAGAGACAUGCUGUGACACGUUGGCUUUAACUCUCAGAUCAAACUCCUCACCCCUGAGAGAGCUGGACCUGAGUAACAAUGACCUGCAGGAUUCAGGAGUGAAGCUGCUCUCUGCUGGACUGGGGGAUUCACACUGUAAGCUGGAGAUACUGAGGCUGUCAGGCUGCAGAGUCAGAGAGGAAGGCUGUACUUCCCUGGCUUCAGCUCUGAGGUCAAACCCCUCACAUCUGAGAGAGCUGGACCUGAGCUACAAUCAUCCAGGAAACUCAGGAGUGAAGCUGCUCUCUGCUCUAUUGAAGGAUCCCAGCUGUAAACUGGAGAAGCUGAAUGUGGAUCACAGUGCAGAGUGCAGGACCAGACGAGGCUUACAGAAAUACUCCUGCCAGCUGACGCUGGACCCCAACACAAAACAUAGAGUCCUGUCUCUGUCAGAGGGGAACAGGAAGGUGACAUGGGGGGCAGAGCAGCCAUAUCCUGAUCAUCCAGAGAGAUUUGACUACUGGCCCCAAGUUCUGUGCAGAGAGGGUCUGACUGGUCGCUGUUACUGGGAGGCUGAGUGGAGAGGAGAUGAAGCCCUGAUAGCAGUGACUUAUAAAGGAAUCAGGAGGAAAGGACGGAGUGCUGACUGUGGGCUUGGAGCCAAUGAAAAAUCAUGGAUGCUAUUCUGCUCUCCUCACAGUUACUAUGUCUCUUACAAUAAUAAACGGACUGUCAUACCCAUAGAGCCUCCAGGCUCCCGCAGAGUAGGAGUGUAUCUGGACUGGGCAGCUGGUACUCUGUCCUUCUACAGAGUCUCCUCUGAUGGACUGACCCUCCUGUACAGCUUCACCUCCUCAUUCACUGAACCCCUCUAUCCAGGGUUUGGGGUUUUUUCUCCAAACUCCCCCGUGUCCCUGUGCAUGCUGGGAUAG